AUGGGUGCUCGCUCCGGGCGUGUUACCUGGGAUCGAUCGCUCUUUAGCCAGGGCUCCACUACGUCCCUGUCAACAAUAGAAACGCCCACUCAGCCUUCCUCAUAUCUGAGUCUAAUCCAACCGGUACCCCAGCCGCCCGUCACGCCGUACUCUACUGAAGGCGGCCACUUUUAUACCUCCGCUCCCCCCGUCUUCCGCGGUCUGGACGUCAGGCCUCGACUGGGCUCCAACAGUAGCACGACCAGCCGGGGCAUGGCACAUGCCCAUCGGUCCACAACAUUGCCGCAUCCAGGGGCACAUCUGAGUGUGCGAGACGUUUACACAUCGGCUACGCCCGCCUUUAGGAGGCCGGACCAUCACAUCCAACGCUCUCCAUCCUUCUCCGGCAUACGACGCCAUAACCCUCUCUCACCAACCAGCACACCGGCCGCGUACGGAUCCGUCAAGAUGGAUACGGGGUACUCUGGGACCAAGACCCAGCCAAGCAUCCCGCCUCUGGUUUCCAUGACCUCGCUCGGCCAUCUCUCGUACGCCGACGCGUCGGCCACCCCCAUCAAAGUGGAUAUAAGCGGCGUCAUCGACAAGGGUUUCUUCGUCGCCGAUGGCGAGUGGACAUGUUACCGGCGCAAUUACUUCUCGUGCGUCUGCUCCUUCUCGCUGGCGCCCAUGCUGCACAACACACCCAUCCAUUUUCAGCCGACGGGAUCUACGCAAGCGUACAGCGUCUAUGGUUUCGCCAUGUGCAUCUCGGCUGUCGUGUCCGACAACGACAGCCACACCAUCGAACUGGUUCAGCAUACGCCAAAGCGGGACAAGGGACCGAUUGCCAAGCCCGAGAAGCAGCGUCUGUCGCCGAAACCGCCGCAGGCCACUCAUCACCCUCUUAGCAGCCUCUACGCGGGCCCGGACGGCAGUCUGGCAUCCUCAAGAUACGAGCAGGGCGGCUUCGGACAGCCCCAGCAGAGCUCGGCGCCGACCGAGUACACGUUUGAGCGCAUCCAGUUCAAGCAGGCGACGGCCAACAACGGCAAGAGAAGGGCGGCACAGCAGUACUACCACCUCAUUGUCGAGCUGUGGGCCGACGUCGGCCAGCAAGGAGGCUCCGACCCGUGGGUUAAGGUGGCAUACCGGAAAUCCGCCAAGAUGAUCGUGCGCGGGCGCUCCCCGGGUCACUACCAGUCAGAAAGGAGGGGGAGCACGAGCAGCGGGCCCGGCGGCUCAGGCGGUGGUAGCAUCGGCGGCGGCGUCUACUCUACGGGCAUGCUCGGGCCCGGCGAGUACGCGCCAAGCUCGUCCAUGAUGGGAGGUGGAGGCUACGGGCAGCACUACGACUCACGCUCCGGCGGCUACGGCGGAACGAGGCACCAUCACGAGCAGCUGACCAUGGACGGUAUGAUGUCGGCCGAGGAAGUCAAGGCCAUCACAGACACCAAGGCAUACCAAUACUACCCGGCGACCCUCUACGAAGGUGAGCAGGACCCGAGACACCACCAGCAAGUCGAGCUGUUCUCGCACCCGCGGCACGACGUCACCGCGAGUGGCGCGACAAACUCGAUGAGCGCAGUUUUUGACCCAACCAAGGUCAAGUCCGAGAUGGAGAACGGGCUGCCAAGCCUGUUCUACCAUGGAGGGCCGUACUACUCGCAGCGGUGCGGGCGCUUCGAAGGGAAGGCGACGUCUAACGGCCAGUACCCGACACUGAUUCCACCGCCCUCGACGAUGAGCAUGACCUGA